CAUAUCCUCAAAUUUUUAACCAGACAUGUCGCAGACUCUUGUUUAAGGGCUAUUCGAAUGCUAAACCUUUGAUACAAACAAAGCAUCGUGCGCGAAAUGGCUACUUCAUUUUGUUCAAUCAAUCCAUAGUCAAUUAAGAAACACUCCUUAAUUCGAAAUUGAGUGGGGUUUUGAUUCCUUGUAAUUCGUCUGUACCGUACGAGAUUGGAUGGAGGGUCUGAGAAAGAUGCUGUGGCACGGUGUUGUGUGCCCCGGGCACCCUCGGCGUUUGUACGCCACCAAAGUUGAUCUGAGAAAGCUCCGCCCCAUGAUUCUGAAGAGAAUCGAGAAACGGGCGCAGGCUUACCCGGUUCGCGCCAUGGUUCCAAUUGCCAAGGAGGUCCUUCAAGCCAGGAAUGUUCUCAUCCAUGGUGUUUCCACCCUCCUUAAGUUCCUUCCCCUCAUGGCUUGCAAAUUCUGUCCAGAGAUAUAUAUUGGUGAGCAGGGACAUUUGAUUCAAACUUGCUGGGGUUAUAAGCAUCGUGCCAAGAAUCGGGUUCAUGAGUGGGUAAAAGGUGGUCUGAAUGAUGUACUUGUCCCUGUAGAAUCGUUUCACCUGAACAACAUGUAUCAAAAUGUUAUUAGGCACAACGAAAGGUUUGACUUUGAUCGCAUUCCUGCUGUUGUUGAGCUAUGCUGGCAAGCAGGGGCUGAUGCCCACGAUGAAAACCUUAAUUCAGGUAAUUGGAACUUGGAUACUGGCAAUGGAAGCAUUCUCGAAACUGAGUCUUUGUCACCAAAUGAUCUUGUCUCUAUAGCUAAUAAAACAUUAACUGCAUGGGAGACUCUUAGGUCAGGGGUGGAGAAGUUGUUGUUGGUUUAUCCAGUAAAAGUUUGUAAAUAUUGUUCCGAGGUUCAUGUUGGUCCGUCUGGCCAUAAAGCUAGGCUCUGUGGGGUGUUCAAGUAUGAGAGCUGGAAAGGAGCUCACUUUUGGAUAAAGGCUAAUGUGGAUAAUUUAGUGCCCCCAAAGGUUGUAUGGAGACGAAGGCCUCAUGAUCCUCCCGUGCUUGUGAAUGAAGGGAAAGACUUUUAUGGACGUGUUCCAGCUGUAUUGGAUCUGUGCUCAAAAGCUGGUGCCAUUGUGCCUGCAAAGUAUAAUUGUAUGAUGAAGGUGCAAGGUUUGUCUGCUCCUAUCAAUAAUCAAUUUUAUGGGAUCUCUAGAGAAUCAAACUUUUGAAAGCAACAGUAAGUUGAAUUGUAGGUCUGAUCGGAAUCAGGCAGUCAAUCAGGGACAGUUUUGGGGAAAAUCUGAUAACAUGUCAUCAUUUUCCACUGCAAUUAGGUUGUCUGGCAUAUCUGAUUAUGGAUCCAUGUGACUCUUAUUCUCUUGCUGUAAUUGUCAGUUUCUUACAGCAAGCUAGAAAUUCGGUUCUUAUAUCUUAUAGAGUUAAUCACCUAUAUAUUGCCAGUGUAAAAUUUUUUUACACUGACAACCAAUCAUAUCUUUUAAUAGUACCAUGUCAGUUACUUAUUUAAUGAAAUAAUAAUAAAAUAAGUAACUUUAAAAGAUAUGAUUGGUUGCCAGUGUAAAAAACUUUACACUGGCAGUGUAUGGAUGAUUAACUCUAUCUUAUAUCUCCAAAACAUAUUUCUGGGGAGCAAGUCAAAGUCUCUUCAUGUAUGUGGCCGGUCUCACUCCUCAGGUUGGAAGAAAAGGUAAUUUGAUGUUAUAAUCUCCAAACACAGUUCUCAGUUUUGUUUCUCUUUUGAUUAAUUUUGUCCCUUGACGAAUCAUUAGACAUUAGUCCUUAAUUGCUGGAAAUAUUCACAAGGAAAUACCACAUAGUUGUAAAUUUUUGUAAUAAUUUCAUUGCUGUCAAAAAUUGGAAUGGCAGUUUUUCACUGAAAUUUCACUUUUGUUGAGAUAUAAAAAGGAAGGAUUGGUUUCUUGACAAAAGCGUUCAUUUCCUAUCAAGUAUCAACUAUCUAGAGUUUAGUUUGUCAGUUGCAACUGCUGAUUGAAAUCAAGGAAUCAGAUUGAUAAAAUACAUAUACAAAUGUCUAGCAAAUAGUGUUAAAGUCUAUUCCCUUGAUUUUUAAUCAAUAGUUAUAGCUACGCAUUUUUUUCCUCUAUAGUUCACCCUUCACUUUAGAAGGGUCAAAUAAUUAGUCUUCUGGUAUGUUGCUGGCACUUGCGGAUGAUGUUUCCUAAUGGAUGUUGCAUUCACAAGUUCCCUUUAUUUUUUAUUUUUUAUUUUUAUUUCCUAUCAAAUAAAUAAAUUGGUGGAAUUUUAAACCAAAUAUUUACGACAAGAACA